CUUCGCAACAACAAGGAAGAUUUCCUCAUACCUUGAAGAUUUUUUUUUUUACCAGGAUAGUCGUGAAAAGGCAGAAGAUAUGAGGAAUUAAAGAUGAAGAUCUCAAGAGGAAGUAUCAUACACAACCAGUCUCCAGAAUAUAGAAGUGCUCUGCAGGAACUUAUCAAGUUUGAGCUUCAAGCAUUAGUUGAGAGGUUGUCGGCAACAGGAGAGGAAGCUCUUGUUCUUACUGCUAGUUGCCAGGAUGGAACGUCAAUGCAGUUUGGUUCCCAGAAAGCAGAGGGUUUCCUUAGAAAACAGCUCAGACUUGGUGAUGAUUUCCUCACCUACUGCAAUGAUGAGACUACCCAGAGUUCAGCAGAUGAGCUAUGUAACUAUGGAGAGGAAGAUGUAGAAGAUGCUGAUCAGAAAGAUGAAGUGGGAGAGAGUCCACAGAAGCAGACAUCACCUCAGCUCCAGUAUUCUCCCCAUCGACAAAGGGAGAGAACUACAUCUAAGAGAAUUUCCUUCACUGAGGAACAUCCAAAAGAUAAUUAUGAGGUUUCUCAGAACUCAAACUUGUCAGAAUCUGAGAGAAAUGACAGUGCAUCAUCAGUGGCAAGUUUUGUCGAGGCCCAAGAGAAAAGUAAAGCCAGUAAGAGUAGUAAAAGUAAUCUACAGUGUAAAAUUUGUUCUAGACAUUUCCGUUCUUACAAAACUUUGAAUGUACAUAUGAGACUUCACAUGGCAAAAUCUUACAAAUGUGCUGUUUGUGGUAAAAUAUUCACAAUGAAGAAAAGUUAUCAAAGGCAUAUAGAAAGUCAUAAGAGACAGAAUAUGGGUAAAUUGUUUGAGUGUGGGAUAUGUGAUAAAUCGUUUGCAGAUUUGAGUGCAUGGAAACGCCAUAGAGAAAUUCAUUUAGAAGUAAGAAAUUAUUCUUGUAAUCUUUGUGGAAAGGCUUUUGUUGAAAAAUAUUCAUUACGUGUCCAUCAGACCAGUCAUUUCUACCAGACUGUAAAAACUGACAAAAAUACAGACAUCACGUCUGGAUACUCAUGUCAUAUCUGUGCAAAGUUAUCAAAAACAAAAACUGCAAUGAAGAAGCACAUUUUGACACAUUCUGCCAAGAAAUAUACAUGUGAAUUUUGUAACAAAAGGUUUUCUGUUAAGUACAGUUACAUACGACACAGACGUAUUCACACUGGUGAAAAACCGUACAAAUGUGGUUUCUGUGAACGGUCGUUCUCCGACAGUAGUGCCUGGGCAAAGCAUAUUCGCACCCAUACUGGUGGGAAACAGUACUCAUGUGACCUGUGCUCAAAAUCCUUCUAUGAUAAAACACUCUGUAAAACACAUAUGAAAAGACAUCAAAGAAUUGAAUCGUGUAAAUUGCCACAGUCUGAGAAAGUGGAAAAGAGAAAUUUUGAAAUUGUUUCAACAAAAAUUGAAACUGAAUUCGACAGUUCAAAUCAGGUGAAUGAUAGUUUGGACUUCAAAAAAUCUAGCACAGAAAACAAUAUUUAUAAUGAAGAUUUGAAUCUAAGGCUUGAUGUCAGUGACAAGGAGUCUGAAGAUUCCAGACUGCUAGAUUCCGGGUUUGGUGCAGACCUUUUACCUGCACAGGAUGAAAAUAUUUCUGUCAGAAGAGACAAAAGCCCUGAAAAGAAAUACACAUCAAUUAUUGAAAGUAUAGGGUUAGAUGAAAAAUUUCAGACAGAUUUUGUAGAAAGAAAUAUGCCAGCCAAGCCUCUAGAAUCUGACAGUGAGUAUAUCUCAACAGCUUUUCCCGAUGAUGCCGACAUUUUAGGCGAGGAAACAGAGACAGAAACUCAACCUGUUGAGCAUGUUAGUGCUAAAUAUAGCUCAGUUACCCCUCAGAAACGGGGUGCAUGUAGUUCACCUGUUAAAUACACAUCGCCUGAAACUUUCAAGUCUGAGAGAAAGUCUUCUCAGAGAAGAGCAAAUAUUGGGAAACUCAUCCCAGAUUCUCCCGCUAAAUGUAAGAAAUGUAACAAGAAGUUCCAGCAAGAAUCUCUUCUUAAACAGCACUUACAGUUCCACUGCAUGAUGAAACUGUACAAAUGUCGUUACUGUGGUAAACAGCUCACCACUAAGCAAAGCCUUAUCCGCCAUGAGCGUAUUCAUGUUGGUGACAGACCUUAUCAAUGUCACUUGUGUCAGAAAACAUUUGCCGACAAUUACGGCUGUAUCAGACAUAUCAACACACAUUUCAAUAAAGAAAGCAGAAAUACAACACCCGCCUCAAACAAUGUUAGAGCAUUGGUAAAACCAGUCUACGAGAAACAGGCAUACCCAAGACAUUCUGGUCAAGAUAUAAAAUUUGACAAGUCCAGCUGUGUCACGAAGUCAUUCUCUCAUACACCUGGUGAGACAUACCCUGGAGGCAUUGAUGUUCAUGCUGACAAAACUGCAGUGGUUGAUACAAGUAAAUCAAUAAUUACUUCUAAGGAGUCCACUUGUGUUGAGAAACAAAAUAUUCUGGCCAGUGUGUCUGAAACUUCGUCAGUUGAAGCAAAAGUUAAUCUAACAAAUUCCAAUGUAGCAACAGCAAAUAGUGAAGGGAAGAAACAUUACUAUAAAUGUUUCAGAUGCUCACAAUUAUUCCCAAGUCAGCAGCUGUGCUUUGAACAUAUCAAACAGAAAUGUGCUAAAAAAGGUGUUGAAGAAAAAAAGAGCCUCUCCCUCCCAACAGAUGAAAAAUUGAAUAAUAUAUUUCAGUGUAUGCUGUGUUUGAAGAUGUUUAGCAGUAAAGACUUUUGUCAGAAGCAUAUAGUUGAAUGUCAGCAGUCAAAGGUAUCCUCAGAUUGUGUUAUACAGUCAAUGUUGCAAGAGUCCCUGGUUGACAUUGACCUCAGUGGGAAUAUAAGCUCCGAAACUUUACCCAGGUUGCCAUUCCCUGAAGUUACUGAAGAGCCAAGCUACCUGGAUGUUCAAGGCAAUCAAGAUAUUUUACUUUCUCUAAACAGUGUGACACAGUCUUCAGUAGAUGAUACUCAGUCUUCAGGAAAUUUAACACAGUCUGCACAAAAUAUCACCAAGUCUGUACAUGUUUCCCAUUCUACUAGGAACUUAACACAGUCUACACAAAUUUUAAAUCAGACUUGUCCAAAUGUUAUACAAUCUACACAAAAUAAAACACAGUCUGCUAGACAGGUAUCCCAACCAGUGAUCAACUUGGCACAGUCUGCUCUAGCUGUAACCCAGUCAUCUCCCAGUCAAGCUGUCUCAUCCAGCACAGAAAACAGUGUAAGCAACUUGCAGAAGCAGAAUACCUUGUUAUUUAUCCCAUUAAGUCAAAUGACUGGGCAAGGCUCUGCUGGCAUCCGUUUACAGUCUCCAAACCAGUCAGCUGUGGCUAUGCCUACAUCCAACCAGUCAUUUACCAAUAUCCAGCAAAAGCCUGUAGUAAACAUUGGUGCAAGCAAAUUUGUCCUAACUAGUCACAGUAUAGGGCUUGUAGGAAACCCAGGUGUAACUGCUGUGCAGAAUACAAAAUCAGGGAAGUCAAAAAAGGCAAAGUCAUCAGAAACAGAUGUCAGUGAGAGAACGUGUUCUAUCUGUUCUAAAGUAUUCACAACUAAACAUAUCCUAAAACAGCAUACAUUAAUUCAUAUGGAGCGUAAUUUUGGUUGUAAAUAUUGUAUGAAGAAGUUCCACAACAAGUAUGGACGAGAUCGUCAUGAACGAAUACACACUGGCGAAAAACCGUUCUCUUGUCCAACAUGUAAAAAAGCAUUCUCUGAUAACAGUACUUACAGAAAACAUACGUGGAAAUGUUGUAGUGGAAAGUGAAUCCCAAAUCUUAUUUUUUUUCCAAUAGGAACUUUCUUGCUAUAAGGUUAUAUUACAGAUAUGAGACCAGCCACAGAAUUCAAUCCUGCUUUUGCUUAACUAAUUUCAAAAUGGCACUCAGAAACAACCAGUCCGGUUGCUGGGGUUUUCAGGUAUCCAGUUUAAGAUUAUGAAUAAAUUAACUUUGUGAUCACAAAAGGUAAAGAUAAAAAGGGAUUUAUGCAAAGCAGGCCCCAAUUUCACGAAAAAACUUAAGUAAUUACUUAGUUAAGUCUGUUAUUUUAAAAUCCUGCUAUUGCUUAAUUUAUUGCUAUGAAAUGUUGAAUUUUUUCUGUAACAGUGUAUUUAUAGCUAAAUUACACUAUGGUUAGUAGUAUUUGUCUGCAGUACUUAUUUCAGUCAUGCAGAUAUAUUUCUUUUUAAUCACUAUAUAACAAACUUAAGUAUUUGCUUAGGUAUAUUUCUUGUUUCUAUACCUCGUUCUCUAUAAAAUUCAGAAUCAUUGUGUUUUGAUCUACGGAAUAGUCAUUAUACGGUUCUGAUAUAGAUGAAAAAGUCAACAUUGAAGACCCAUAAAGGGCAAAAACAAGCAUUUGAAAUAACAGACUUACCUAGGUUCUUAAAAAAUGUGAAAAAAAGUCAAUACAGUCUAAUUUCAUUGCACGUUUUAAAUGAAAGAGACACUUGAUUUUAUUUUAUUGAAAAUUGAAUUACAUGUAUUUUAUUUACACAUCUUUUUUUUUUACAUAAAUCUAGUUGAGUGUUUUAUUUGAUGUGCUUAAUGUGAUAGUUGAUAUUUAAAAGAAACUAUAUACUGGUAUGUUUUUAUAUAAAUUUUGUAAUGAAUUUAUUUUCUGUUUAGCAAAAAUCUUUUGAAAUAUCUAUUAAAGCCUGUGCAUUGGACAAAAAAUGUGUAUGUGCAAGAGGAGUGUUACCUCUUUUUAAGCUUAAAGUGAAGUACUAACUAAACAGUUAGCCAAUGAAACCAUGCUAAUUAUUUAGCUAGUACUUCUAGUUUAAUUUGAGAACUAUAGUUUAUAGACUUUAUAAACAACAUUUCUUUUCAUGUUGCUUCAUCUUGUGUUGAAGUAUUUGUUUUGUUUUUUUACCUCACCAGAGCACAAAGUGCUCAAGUUGAGCUAUUGUGACCGGUCAUUGUCCGAUGUUCGUCGUCGUGCGUCGACCGUCAACAUUUGCCUUGUGAACACUCUAGAGACCACAUUUUUGACCCAAUCUUUAUGAAACUUGAUCAGAAUAUUAGUCUUGAUGAUCUCUAGGUCAAGUUUGAAACUGGGUCCUAUGAGGUCAAAAACUGGGUCAGUAGGUCAGAUCAAAGGAAAAGUUUGUGAACACUAGAGACCACAUUUUUAACCCAAUCUUUAUGAAACUUGGUCAGAAUUUUUUUCUUGAUGAUCUCUAGGUCAAGUUCAAAACUGGGUCAUGUGGGGUCAAAAACUAGGUCACCUGGUCAGAUCAAAGGAAAAGCUUGUGGACACUUUAGAGGCCACAUUUGUGAGUCAAUCUUUAUGAAACUGGGUCAGAAUGUUUGUCUUUAUCAUUUCUAGGUCAAGUGUGAAUCUGGGUCAGGUGGGGUCAAAAACUAGGUCACUAGGCCAGAUCAAAGGAAAUUCUUUUCAACACUCUAGAGACCACAAUUUAAGUUUGAAACUCAUGGGAAUUAGUCAGAAUGUUUGUUUUGAUAAUCUAUAGGUCAAGUUCUAAUCUGGGUCAUAUGGGGUCAAAAACUAGGUCACCGGUCAAAUCAAAGGAAAAGCUUGUGAACACUCUAGAGGCCACAGUUGUAACCAGAUCUUUAUGAAAUUUAGUCAGAAUGUUUGUCUUGAUGAUCUCUAGGUCAAGUUCAACUCUUGGUCAUGCGGGGUCAAAAACUAGGUCAGUAGGCCAGAUCAACUCUGGUGAGCGAUGUAUAGGGCCAUCAUGGCCCUCUUGUUUUAAUUCUUGCUAGAAACUUACCCAAGGUACACCAUACCAUCAUUUGCUUCCUGGAACUAUUGCAUCCUCAUAAAUAUAGUGGAAAGUUACCUGAAAGAGAGACCCUAGCAAAUCCAAUAUAUUAUGUUUACGCUGCCACUAGAAUAAUGAAAAAAUACAAAUAAUCCUAGUUGAUGGGACUACACUUUCUAAUUUAAGAAAUAGUCACUGGCUUCACCAACAUUGGAAAAUAGCUUGCUUAUAUCUGUAUACAUAUCUGGAAGAAACUUGGUAAUUUUUUAGAUGUAAUAAUAUUAUGUUGUAGCAAAGUAUUUAAGUGACAUAAAGCCUCAUUAUUUAUUUGAAGUCUCAUCUGUGACUGCCUGAAUUUCUACUUAUAUAUUUGACUUGCAGUAUGUAUAUGUAUAUAUAGGGUAAUUUUGAUAUAUAAAUCAAUUGUGAAUUGUAAAUUCUUUGUACAACAGAACAAUCCCCAGCAUGGUUAGAUCACAUUAAAUUGUAAAAUUGAUAUCAGUUUGAUUAAGCAAAUCUGUUACACAGGUUUUCUUGAAUUGUGGGGUCCAGGUACAAGUGAUAUAAUAUCAUUCAAAAAGAGUUUAGGUGUGGUAAUAGAAUCUUUUUGAAUUCUAAACUGUCUUAUUAUGCCUCUGAAGGUGGACAUAUUAAAAUCGCAUUGUCCAUCCGUCUGUGUGUGCGUCCGUGUAAAUUCUUGUCUGGGCUGUACAUCUGCCAUCCAUAAAUGUUCACAAUGAGAUGACGUGUAGUGUGCAAAACCCAGACCCCUAGCUGCAAGGUCAAGGUCAGGCUUAAAGGUCAAAAGUUAACAGUCUGUUUUGUGUCCAGUCCAUAACUCUGUCAUCCAAAAGGGAAAUUUUGAAAU